UGCUUGGCCAUAAAAACUGCUCUCGCACUUGUUUUGCGAGGUUCAAUUUUACACCACCAACUAUUUUAUAAUGGCACUUCGAGAAUCAUAGAAAUAACCAUGAUGAAUUGAAAAAACUGAACAAACCGCUUAUCGUAAAUUUACAAAAGUAACAUACAAAAAGCUCUGUUGCCGCUUCGACUGCAUUUUUAUUUAUCUUGGUCAGACAGCCGAAACGAAUCGUUUUGCAAUGAGUAGUUCAAAUAGUACUGUGCAAUUUGGCCAGAUUUCUUCGCAUGUGACAUCAAUGGACCUGAAUGAGACCCAAGGAAGUUUCGAUUUUGAUGCGAUGGAAUCUUUCUUAAAAUCUUUGCCUCCUGUUAACGUAUCGGGCUUCCAGAGAUUCCUCGAGAGUUUUCAAACUCUGAAAGAAAACUUCAGACUGAUCGAAACUGCCAAAACCUCUGCUCCUGAACUCGAACACUUGAGAAUCAGAUUGACAUUGAGACUUGAAGAGAUAGAGAUGAAUUUGAAGUUGAAGCGAAAGGCGGCAAAGCGAGCCAAAGUUGACUAUUUUGUGGAGUCGAAAGAAUGGGAGGCAUAUACUCUACUAAUGGAAGAACUCUGCUCAGAAUCUGAAGGCUUCGCACGAGUACUGAAACGGCUAACUCGAGACGCCAGCAGUGUAAUGACAGAUCACGACGCUGGAUUCGCCACAUACCUUAAAAUCAGAGAGUGGAAACGGGGUUUCAGUGAAAACCAAGAAAGUCACUCAUCGGACAAAAACCUCUUAGGCGCUGCUUCUGAGAUUCUGGGCUACAUUAUGGAAGACGUCUACGGGGAAGAGGGCGACAUCUUCGCGAGCGAUGCUGCUCGGGUCAAGAUGAACAGCAAGCUGGGAGAGUUCCAGAGAACACAGUUCUCACACGGAGUCUCGGGAACUGAAUGUGAAACGCAUGAGAAGAAACUGCAAGUGUUGUUUGGUCCUGUAAUUGAUCGAGCUGCGAACGGAGAGUCGGAGAAAGAUACCUCGUAUCUGUCGUAUGCGGUAUCGUACGAGGAUAACACGAUAAGACUCCUAUUUGGGGAGCAAGGCUCCACCAAAAAACAACUGAUAUCUGUUUUUAAUAUAGAAGGAAACAAAAUCAAGUUGGUCGACAGCAAGUUCUUGCCGAAUAAAGAAGACGCGCGCAAAAUUGCCAUGAGCAAUGGGCAGCUUUUUGCAGCUGUUUUGAACGAAAAUGGAAUUGGUGAAAUACAGCAGAUAGAUUGCUCUACCCUGAAGAACCAAGGCGAAUUAGAGGAGCAUGGUACCUAUGAAGAGGUCCAGUGCUUUCUGCUAAUUGGUACACCUGAUAUGCUGAUUGCGAUGGAGUGCAAAGAGCAGAAUGUGAUUAAUUACACAAUUAUCCAAAACGACAAAGUCAUUAAAAAAGAACAAGUUGAAAUCCCUCUGAAAAUCAAAUCUUUCAGAUCAUUCUAUCACGGAGAUUACUUGUUCCAUGCCAAUGAGCAUGACAACGACUUGAUUGCUGUGAAAUGGAUGGAAAACGGAAACGUUCUCGACAAGUUCAAAAAGUAUCACUUCAACCUGGCAAAUAUCGGAGCCAUUCACAGCAUCAUGGGAAUCGACAUUGGGGCUAAAAUAUACUUGGUUGCUGUACAGUUAAGGAAACUAAACCGAAUCAUGAUAUAUGAGCUGAAUUUCAACAGGCCUGAUAUUUUGAACCCUGCUAUUGCUUUGAUACAAGAGGAGCGUCUCGAUUUCAAAAUCAUGGCGCUGAUCCGGACUGCAAAGAGAGACAAAUUGGUGUUUGUGACAACGGACGAAAAGAUGGGAAUAAUGGAGUUAAAAGAACUAACUGUAAAAUAACCAAUUGAGCGCCGAGGGGGCAUUUUUUGUCGCGCACUUUCCCUCUCGAUUCUUGUUUCUAAACUUUUCCAAAGAAUUUUCAAUUUAGAGUGAUUUUACGGUAGCUAUUUCUGAUUAAUCAACCGUAGAAAUUUCCCAAUUUCGCCUUUGACGCCAAUCUAUUUUAAUUUAAAGUGAAAACGCUCGCAAAAAAAAACACAAUUUUUUGGUCUAAACUUUGCAAAAAAAAAAACGCUCAAAAACUUUAUUUCCGAGCUGAGUUUUUAAAAAAUUGAACCGGCACAAAAGUUAAAGGCAAAAUGUUUUUAUAGGAUUUAAAAGGAGCGCGAUAAUUCAUUUUAGUCGGGCUAAAAAGCAGCCCCGUCAAAAACUCUGUGCACUUGCUACUGCUGAUUACCCCAUUAUGAAGUUUCAUUUAAUGCUUUAAUUUGUGAUGUUGCAGUUUCUCAAAGGCUUCCAGAUAAUCAUGCCUGAUGACUUCUCAUGCUGUAUUCAUUAUUAUGUAAAUAAGGCAAGGGGACAGUUUUUCCCCUUGCCUUGUUUCUGGCUUCAAAAAAUCUGGCUUCAGAACUUCAAUUUUUUUGGAGAAAAAUUUAA